UUGGGCUCGGCUUCGGCGGCCAUUUUAUUUAUCCGUUUUGAAUUUUCAAAAGCUUUUGAGAAUCCUUUUCAAUCUUCUGUCUGUGUUAUCUGUGUCAAGAUCGUUAACGAUUUUAACAAAGAAGUGAUCCUAACGCAGCCUUGACAAGAAGAAAAGCGCCUCCCAGUUUUAUUUUGGGGUAUAUUUUAAACGUUUAAGUCCAAGGACUUUGACGGAAAUAUGGGGACGAAAGACGAUGAAUACGACUACUUAUUCAAAGUUGUUUUAAUUGGCGAUUCUGGCGUCGGGAAAUCAAACUUGCUGUCAAGAUUUACUCGCAACGAGUUUAAUUUAGAGUCAAAAUCAACUAUUGGCGUUGAAUUUGCGACGAGAAGCAUCCAAGUUGAUAAUAAAACGAUAAAAGCUCAAAUUUGGGACACGGCUGGCCAAGAGAGAUACAGAGCUAUAACUAGUGCGUAUUACCGUGGUGCUGUAGGUGCAUUGUUAGUCUAUGAUAUUGCCAAACAUUUGACAUAUGAAAAUGUGGAGAGAUGGUUGAAAGAACUCCGGGACCAUGCUGACAGUAAUAUUGUCAUUAUGCUUGUUGGCAACAAAAGUGACUUGAGGCAUCUUAGGGCGGUACCAACUGAUGAAGCAAAAGCAUUUGCAGAAAAGAACAGUCUUUCUUUCAUUGAGACUUCUGCCUUAGAUUCAACAAAUGUUGAACAAGCAUUUCAAAAUAUUUUAACAGAAAUAUAUCACAUUGUAUCACAAAAGCAGAUCAGCGAUACACCUUCCUCAAGUAACCAUCCUAGCAACAAUGUACAGACGAUUCAUGUUGCACCAACAACAGACAUGGACAAGAAAAAAGUUCAAUGUUGCAGUGCUUGACAACAUUCGUAGCCUCAUAGAAUUCAAAAUUACAUUGGAAUUAAAGCAAAGCAUUUUUUUACGAUCAAUGUUCAUGCCCUUCAAUACAGCAUCUUCAAAUUUGCUGUUAUAAUUAUAGAAAAUGUGAAAAGUAUAAAUAUUUAACCAAGUAGAUUUUGCAUACAGAACUAAUUUGUGAUAACAUGAAAAAUUUGAUUUGUUAUUGUCAUUGAAUUAUUUUGGUCGUCUUAUGUAAGUGUAUUAAUAUGGUACAUUUGUAGAACAAUGUCUGGCUUGGUUUU